AUGCAGCGUCUCGCACCUGAGAAACACAGGCGCUUCCGUUGGAGCGGGUGGAGAAACCUACUGCUGCCGCAGCUGAACCGCCGCUCGCUGUAUGUCUACGGCAGUGAGGGUUUUAACGUGUUCUCGGACACUCUGUUCCUGAUUGACGUGGGGCUUAACUUUCGCAUGGGGAUCAUUAAUGAGGACAGUGAGGGAGCCAUUCUGGAUUUGAAAAGCAUUCGACAACAAUAUUUAAAAGGCUGGUUUAUACCUGAUGUGGUGGCAGCAUUCCCAGUUGGUUACAUACUACUUAUUGCGGACCUACAAUACCACAGUGACUCUCCCUCAUCCAAAGCCAGCAAAAUGAUGCGCAUCUUGAUGUUUGUGAGAAUCCUCAGUCUUGUCCGCCUGCUGCGUGUGUCAAGGCUUGUUAGGUUUUUCAAUGAAGUGGAGAGAGUUUCAAAUGCCAACUUGGAGGUGGUGAGGGUGUUCCUAAGAAUCUUGUCAUUAUUUAUGAUGAUUUUCCUGCUGUGCCACUGGAAUGGCUGUAUUCAGUAUUUUGUGCCUAUGCUUGAGGAGUUUCCCUCAGACUGCUGGGUUAGAAGAGAGAAUCUAAUGAAUGCCACAGUGGGAGAGAAGUACUCUUUUGGAGUCUUUCGGGCCCUCUCUCAUAUGACUGCAAUAUCAUACGGUUCCUCUGAAACACCCACAAGCAAGGAGUAUACUUUUGAUCAGCUGAUUUAGCAAAAUGUUAAU